AUGGUCUCCCUCCUCGUUACUGUCUUCCUGAUCCAACUAGUCUGCCACCUCGUUUUGACCAUCGGCUCCAAACCCAUCAAUGACUUGUCCUCACGAGACAUUCAAGAACAAAGCCGCCUUCGUCGGGAAGUCGUCCGCUUAAAACGAGAAAUGAACGCCGUGAGUGCCCAGGAUGAAUUCUCCAAGUGGGCAAAAAUAAGACGACAACAUGACAAAGCCUUGGACGAGCAUGAUAAGAAAGGUAAAAGAGCUUCUUCCACUUUACAAGCCAGAUGUGCACUUCCUAGGGAAAUGGUGGUUUUUAUGUCAUCUUACAGAAGUGAGAUGCUGAUCGGUUCUACCAAUGCAGCGGCCGUGGUCUCUUCAUCUCGAGCAUCCUUCGACACCAAAGCAACCGCGAUCCGGUGGACAUGUACAAGCGGCCUCAGGUUCGCGAUCCAGUUUUGGCACGCGAAGACCCCAGUCUUCACAUACCCGCGCGGUUGGUUUCCGUGGUAUAUUGAAUGGAUACUCGGGUUCCCCAGGUGUCCAUAUGGAGGCGUCAGCAUUAAUGUCUGGAGCACCGCGUGCGGCACGGUCAUUGCACUCGUGGGGGAUGUGGUCGUCUACGCGAUACAAUACUCGCAACAAAGGCAGGGUGGACCGAAGCAAAAGGUCAAGAUGCCUAUCUCGGCUUCAGGGAAGAGUGAAUGA